UUUAAGUCCGUUAAUCGCAGGCGUGUUUGUUGUGAAGAGGCAGAACAAAGCUACCUGAGCUUGUGAAAAAAACUUACAUAAGCGUGUGCUGACAGAAUAAACAAUUGGGAUAGUGUAAAACGUUCAUUUCAACGAUUUAAAUAUACAGUAAAUGUUCAAAACAGAUGUGUAUGUGGAAGAUGAAUAGUAUAAUAAAAGAUAAAAAGAGGUUCUUUCGACGCAAGUGAUACGAUCUUAUGAGUCGGAACGAAGAAACGGGUGAAUAAGUGUGUGCAAGGAUUAUAAACGGGACUAUUGUGUGUAGCGGUGGACACUUGAUUUGAAUAAAAUCCCUUAAAAUUGUGCAUGCGAAAAACAAGUUAUGAGAAAUCAGUCGUUUGAGAUUGAUUUAAGAAAACUGUGUACUUUAGUGUUGAAAUUUAUACGGAAACUUUAAAAACGAACCGAAGUUAUUAUUAAUGGAUUGUUUAAGGGAAAGAAAAUAAAAAUGUUUUCAAGACUUUUCAAGCACAAAGAGCAGGUUAUACUGGAACGACUUUUACAUGACAAUCACGUUCAGUCGCCGUGCAUCGCAUCAUUCUUACCCGUCAACGGUGUGGCAGAAAGACAUGUGUAUAUCGGGGAAAAACAGUGCAGGACAAUACGGUUCGUGCUGAUAGAAGUAGUUCCGGAUCCAUUUAUUACUGACGCGGUAUUGUCGUAUGAACGCAAGCAAUAUCAGGGUGUGCAGUUAUUUAUUCCUAUUCAAUUCCAUGGACUACUGAACAGAUGUCGAAAAGUUAUUUCAUCAAUUGUGGAGAUACCCGACGCACCAGAGUGUUCAAUUGUUCUCAUAGAAGACGCAUUGCUACUUAACGAACGUGCCGAUGCAGGCGUAUACGUACCUAGCAAAACAAAACUUGCCGUGGUGGCAAUUCAAAAGGGCCAUGAACACAAACCAGUUAAAGCUGUGUUUCAGGACAACAAAGGAAACAAAUAUACUGCCAAGGGCGUCACUCCUUUGGUGGCCUAUAUUCUGGUCACAAUUGAAUGCAUGACCUUGGAACAGUACAUCGGUCGUGACAAUCAUAGACACUCGACGGUGGUGACAUUUGGUAACAUAGAUAUAAAUGAUGUUGCAUCAAAUGAUCCUAUGGAAUUUAUAAAGUUAAAAACGAUUUUUGCGGGUCAGGUGCAAGUUAAAACAAUUGAAACGUUUGAUUUCGUCGUCGCCUUUUCAAAUAACAAAACGGAUCAUACAGUAUUGUUGAUACCGAAAGAAAAGUUAAAAGACAUUCAUGCAAAAUUAACAAAUUUUGCAACAAAUUUUGGCAAGGCGGAGUUCAUAUGCAACCAUUUUCAAGGCUGUUCCUAUGAUGAAGUUAUUGCGUCAAAACUGUACACUAUUGACCCUAAAGAUAACAUGAUAUGCAAUUUUCCUGUAACAACUCCCUCUCAUGUAUAUAAUGUGUAUGAGAAAGAUCCGACAUCUCCACCGAAAAAUCGACCCAAGAUCAGUGCCCAAACCACGUCCAUCGCAACACCGAAAUGCAUCGAUCCGCAUGAAGAUGAUGCCAUAAUAGAAGAUGAUUUUUACGAGCCCCUCGAUGGUUACAUUUUGGGCAGAAUUAAAAAUGUGUCGGAUUUUCCUCACAUGCUACAACAAGAGUCGGCUUCUGAAAUAAAGGAUGUUUAUUAUAAAAAGGAUGCUGAGAUAACGUAUAAAAAGCAAAAUGAUCACGCGAAUGAAGAUUCUGAUUACAUGCCAAUGAACGGAAUAAGUAAUCUCCGGCAAAGCAAGGAUGGUGAUGACAUUAAAGAAUCGGAGUAUGCAGCGCCAUUGAAUCCUCUUCAUGGGCUAACUGCUGACAAUGACAAAACAGACGACGUUGAAUCAUUGAAAAUGGUUCGACCGCAAACUCGGGACUAUUACGUAAAUGUCGAUGUUCUAGCUUUGAAACGUAAUCUAUUUAGCGAUAAUGAUAAUCUUUACGAUGACACAACUUCGAACGUUGUUCAGGGGACUAUUGAUGGUGAUUACGUUACUGGUCGUGUUCCAUACGUGGAACGAACGGACGAACAAAACGACAAAGUGUUUGAUACAGGGGGCAUAGCAUGUUCUAUCUCAAGAAAUAGACAUAGUAUUCACAAAAAACAUGGCAGGCCGAAUAAGGAACAUAUUAAAUCGACCUAAAAUAAUGCUAUAGAUGUAUGGUAGGUAAACAAAAGACAUGUAGAUAAAAAAGUAUUGUGCCUAAAAGUCCUAUUCUCAACACACAGUAAAUCACGAGAGAUUGUCCACAAAGGAGUGAUGCAGCAGUUGAAGAAAAUCUUAGUGUCAGUUAUAUGAUGCUCAUAAAAUAGUGAGGUCUGUCGCAUGCCCAGGCUUAUCUGGGACCAUACUUAAUGCACAUUCAUUACACCCACUUGUCCUAGAGCGCUUCCAAUAUCAUCGUAUUAGGAUAUUUGCGUUUAGUGCAAAAGUGCAUAAGAAGAUUAUCAUAAUAUCAAACACCACCGCCUCAUUUCUGUUAAGGAAAUAUGUUCUCUCUAUAACCAGUUAAACCAUGGUCAUAUAAUCAAUAUGAACUAAAUAUUUGAAUAAUUUUAAAACAUUGUAAAGUAUUGAGCAAUAUAUUUUAUAUUAGGUGACGCCAAAUUGAAGUCUUCGUUAUCACUCCCGACGAGUUGUUGCCAAUUCAACAAAACGUCUUUUUUCAAACUAUCUGCGUCCACUCCAUGCAGGGAACAGUAGGCCUAUACAUUUUUGUGUAUGAGCGGGUUAUAAGAAAAUUAGGGUAAACAUCAGGUUUCAUUUGUUUUAUAGUUUGUAUUUAUUAGACAGUGCACAUGGUAACAUACGUAGUGGUAUGAUCCAACAAUUAAACCAUGCACUUACAUCUAAACAAACGGGAAGACACGUAUACAACUAAAUGUAAAUAUGUACAAUAAUCAUUUUACUGUGUUAUACUUUUACAAUUUUGUGAUGAUAUGAGUGUUUUAUCAUCAUUUUAUUAUGCAAUAUUUAUACUAUGCAUAACAAUGUGAAAAUGCGUUUUUUCACUAGUUAAAAAACUAUGAACGAAUCAGAGUUAUGUUAUGUGCCAGUUUAUGUUACACAGUUAUAACCCUUGACAAUAUGCACAUUAAUUGUAUAGCUCCUUUUUGCAAAAUUGACGUUAUUGCAAAAUUUAAGUGCAAACUUCUGCGUUCGAGUUAAAGCGGGUUUAUGGGUUACACGCAUGAGUGUUUCAAAACUAUUUGUCCCAAGUCGAAUACUAGUAUCACAUUCAGAUUUCGAACGAGUUCUAUGUGAUGUUAACAAUUUACUCAAACAUUCACUACGCUGUAAUCUGUAAAUUUGAUGGUGCUUUUAACACAGUUUUAGGCCAUACAUUUUAUCAUUUGUAAUAUGUAUCUGUAUUACUUCGUUUUGAUUUUAAAUUGUGCUCCUUAUUAAAAGAAAUAUAUCGUGUA